AUGCGAUUCACUUUGAUCUGCGUCCUCGCCUUCUUCCUCCCUGCUCUUUCCGCCUUUGCCCAAAGAGGCGGCGGUGGAGGCGGUGGAGGUAAUGAACGUCCGGGACGACCUGGGAGACCAGGAAAUUCUUCACCUCCAAACACCCUGAUCACAAUAGCAUCUGCUGCUCCAGUUGCUACCGCCGCUCCCCCACCGGCCGCUGGUGGCAAUGGUGGCAAUGGUGGCAAUGGUGGCAAUGGUAACAACAACGGUGGUGGGAACGCUGGCACUGUGAACGCUAACCUCAUCCCUCCUUUUGGAGUUACGGCUGGAGUCAAAGCAAACGAUGGAACCGCGAACUGUGUUGGUACGGGUGGCGUGGGCAUCCCAUGUGAUUGUCCACCACCGUUGAACACUUUCGUCAGUGCUGUCGCAGACUCAGUAGCUCUCGGGGCUGCAUUCCCAACAGGCAAUUCCGUGGCUGACCAGCUUACACGCCUUCAAACCAGCAUUGUGACUCUUCAAAAUUUCAGGGGAGGGCCAGGCAGCGGUGUUGGAUGUCCCGCCGCCAGCACGACCUGGAAGGCACUACAGGCUCAGCUGCAGGGCCAAGCCUGA